ACGGUAGACAUAAUGCCUUUAGCAAGGAACGUAACAGCUUCCCGCCUUUAUCACUAAAUUUCCCGCCAUUUUUCCUGUCGUAUUCUACAACAACCAUGUCGACCACUACUCCAGGUGUAAUGAUGGUUAGUGACGAGGACGAUAAAUUAGCCGAUGACAUUGGAAUGAAAAUUCCUGCACAAGAUUGUAUUCUAUCAUGGGAUGACUUUAAAAAUCACGUUGUUGGGAAGAACUAUAUUGAAUUAUAUGAUAUAUCGGACAACGAAAUGUUUAUUUCCGGGAUGACAACAAAAGUUCACCUGCGAUAUAGCCUUUUGAAUGACACAGUUAUUAAAAGAGAUUUAAGUUUAAGGAUUGAUGAUACAAAUACCUGUGCCUAUGUACCUGGACUAGAAGAGCGCGUCGACAGUGAAAAAGCAAUAUUCCGUGCUCUUUCAGGUUUUACCGUCAGUCCAACAAGAAUGGAUUUUGUUGUCAGUUCAGACCCUAGCAAAUAUUUGUUCUAUUUCUUCUGCUAUACGGGGGAUACAAUCAUGGACGGUAGAUGUUCUCAAGGAUUAAAUGUACUUUUAGUAGAGGACAAAAGAUCUUGGCCACAAGAUGGCGAUGGCGUACCUGAAGGUCAAAUCAACCUUGAUGACAUCCCAUGGGGAGAUAUAGAGAGGACAAUGAUUCGAUGUUUUGGUCAACAGUUUCUCGAUGAUACUGACCCACAAGCAAUUUGGACAUGGAGAGGAAAAGAAUGUGCAGUUCCAGGGUCUGAUGUUUACAAUGAAGCCGUCAUGGGCACAUAGGAUAUCGUCAGUUUCUGUCGUGGUUUUAUUGUCAUUAUUUAAUCACUCAGUUAUUCUAUUAAAAGGGAAUAUAAUAUCCUCAUCACAUUCUCAAAAUUUAUUAAUUCAAGUGAAGUAAUGAUGGUUUAAUAAAGAUAUGAUAUGUAAGUCGGUUGAUAAUUUGCCAAUU